UAGUUCAUUCAUGAUUCUGAAAUAUUUUUGUUGGUUGAUUGAAAAGUGUUGUGAAAUAAUUUAUUAGAAAAAUUCAAUAAAAUGGAUGUUAAAAUUAGCUAAUAUUAACUUUAUUGUUUAUUUAACUGUGUCAAGUGUUGUUUUGUUCAAGUCAAGUGUUAGUUUUAAUAAGAAAUUCUGGGAGUUAUAUUAUACUGCCAAUGCUAUUGCAGAUGUGUAACACUACCAUUCCGAUCCUCUCCUAGUCGAAUCGCAUAAGCAGUGCGGGUACUACCGCUGCUCCUGCUUCUGCCGCUGCCACACCAACAUCACACACACAAAAUCACUGGUAUCCAGUGAACCUAGUCCCAUAUAGAAUAUACCACUGAUCCCUCAUUUCCUCGCACUCCCGUACACAUACUCGUUCACAGAAAGUUUCAUUUCGAAUUCGAAAUGGAUUUUAGCCAAAUUCAGUUGAUAUACAGCGCCGAGGGUAAUGCAAAUUUGGUAGUGGCCCUGCCACAACUUAAAAAAGUUUUACGGCUGCCAAAAUCCGACAUCAGCAUCAGCAACAGCAAUACGAUGCCGACAACGACAGCGACGACGAUGACGAAGAGGAGCGGUACUAGUAAAUGCGAAGACCAUCAUCAUCAUCAGUCGGAGGAGCAGCUGAAACAUCCAGCUACAACCACUUCCAAUGCGAAUAAUCCCAAUCCCAAUGGAGUCGUUACCACCCCCGAUAUGGAUCAGACACUAGGUAGAACGGGUGGGAGCUUGAAUGUUGAUGUCGCCAGAGCCAUCGCCACCGCCACUGAUGGUGCCAUCUCCAAUGAAAACAGUGAGGACGAUGCAGCAGCAGCAGUAGUGCAUCCUGAAGAGCUGGUUGCAUUUGUUAGUGUCAUGGCGAUAUUUAUUGGCAAGGAAUACGUCAAUAUUCCGGAAAUUGUCAAUAUAGCAUCUGAGGCGGACCGCCGCAGAAUAAAUGACUUUUGUAGACCAUUCAGACCGGCUCAUCGACUAGACAAAGAGUUUUGUGGACAAUUCGGACUCCUACUGCCAGAUGCUACACUCUUGCCAGAAACGUUGUUAGUUGCUGGUUUACAACAUCAGCUAACACCAGGGGACACAUUUGCCGUCGAUAUUAAACCAAAACAAGGAUGGAUGCUGCAGGAUAUCGAUGUCGAUGUCGAAGUCAAAGUCGAUGGUUAUAGUGAUGGCGAUGGUGUUGGUGGUUGUCCUGGUCCUGUUACUGGUCUUGGUCUUCCUCCAACGCCAUUUCUCAAUCCAUUCAACCUAAAAGCUUCGACAAGGUGUCGUUACUGUACAAUGCAAUUUUCUAAGCUUCGGGCUCAUAAGAUAUCCAAAGUGAGUGCAUACUGCCCCAUUGACAUGUUUUCAGGAAAACCAGAGGCGAUGCGAAAGUCCUUAAAUGCACUUCUUGAAUGUCCACAAAAUAAUUUGCGCAUUUUUCGUAAUGGGAAUCUUAUCUAUGGUGACCAAACCAAUACCAUUUCUCUUGAAGAACUAAAAGAAAAGUUAUUCAAUGGUGAUCUGACAACGUUCCAGGAUCUGAUUAUUAACUGUCUGUUGCGGAACUACUCGGGAAAACCUGGCGGAACUGGUGUCCUUGAGAGAAUUUUAAACAUUCAACUUCUUGCUAAGGACUACAUGACUCACCAAUCUUGCUCGAACUUCAAAUCAGCGAACUCAACAAAAAGAAAAACAUUUAAAUGGUUAAAAAAGUUCCUUGAAAAAAAGUCAAUCGGAAGUUUUGACGACCUUAAAUCUCUCGAAAAAUAUCUAAUAGCUGCUACAUUUUUAGAUUGUUCUAUCAUCGUUGCCUUCAAAGAAAUCCACCUUUCAAAUUCUUCUCAAUUCUCAGGUCAUCCAAAUGUUGUUUGUUUAGAGAAUGGAAAAUCAUAUUUAACCAAGGUGUCUGUGCUCGAUAUGGACCCAAAGCCGGAUAAUCAUUUUGAAAAAUUUGUUAAAAACACAAAUAGCGCUUAUGAAUGUGCUUCUGGGCUUUAAUAAUUAAUUUUUAAGAAAAUGUUUUGUUUUGUAGCUGUGAUUUUCAUUUUUGAAAUCAUAGGUCUUUUAGAGAUUUUUUUAAAUAGUAAUUUGUACCUACUAAAAAUUAAAAAUUAAUAUUUUAAAAACCUUUUUAAGGUUUAAUCUAAAAAAAAAACAAUAAGAAAUGAAAAAACGAUAAGCAAUAGAUUUUCAUGUUUACAAUCUAAAUAUUAUUUAAAAAUUCAAUGU